AUGCUUGCAUUAUUAGUUUUCACGUCCUUGCUGGUGAACAGUGCACAAAAGUCUCAAUAUUUUCAAGUUACAACGCGGAAUAUAACAAGCUCAACAGUCAUUUUGGUUAAGGGAAACGAUAGCGAUGUAAUUUCCGCACCAGGCAUUUCCGAUUCAGAACGGAUAGAUAAGAACAUAACUACACAAAGUUGGAAGCAAAUAAUUAUGAUAGUGGUACUGGAUGGUGCGAUACCGAGAUUAUGUGGUGAAACUUCGGUGACUGCAUCAAUGAAGAGCGGAGAUAUGUUGCAUUCGACGUAUGAAGAACCAAGACCGGUGGUACAUAAUAUACCACCCGGUUAUGAUACAUCACGUCCAUCAUCGAUACUUCCAUUACAUAAUAAUGGAUAA